AUGCCACGCACAAUCGCGACGCGCAAUUAUGGAAAAUCAUCCAAGAGGACCAAGGCCGAGAGGUUGUUCGCACAGCUGCCCCAGAGCCCCAUACGGACGGCGACGGCUGCGAGCUCGACGAUGGACGAUGACCCGGUAAAGUGCAUCACGCAGCAGCUCGCGACAAUCCGCAUCGAGGAGAAGACGGAGGAGAGGGAUGGCGUACGAAAGUCGCCUCGGAAAAAGGCCAAAGCGGCGCCUCUCGUUGUGGAUGACAGGAACAUCGCGAGCGGCAAGUGGGAAGAGGCCAAAGGGGAUUUCAUUCGUCGUCGCAGUGUUGACGCCAUCCCGAACCCACCCCCCCUGGACGAGCCCACGAUCGAAUCACACAGAAGCACACCGAUAAGGACACUCUCUUGGGACGACGUAUGCCCGCCCGGCGACCGGAUCGUUAAGAUUGCCGAGGCGUCAUACGCCGAAGUCUACCGCGUCACCAACGAGCGCGGCACGAGCAUCAUCAAAGUCAUUCGGCUGGAGUCGCCAAUAAAACCAAAGACAAAGGCGCAGAUCAAGUCCGGCCUCGUGGACGAGGAGCCCCAUGCCGAGGACGGGCUGAACGGCGAGCUGCAAAUAUCGGAGUGGCUGGCCGACAUACCCGGAUUCGUCGUCUACAAGGAAAAGUACGUGGUCCAAGGCAAGACGAGCAGACAGCUGCUCGAGACCCACCAGGCCUUCCAGAAGAGGAUGAAACGCCAGGACCCAGGCCGGGCUCAGUUCUACCCGUCCCCGAGCCGCUAUCUGGACGAGACAAAGUUUCUCGUCGUCGAGCUCGGCGAUGCAGGCGUCGCGCUGGAGGACUGGCCGUUGACGGACGAGACGGAGCUCUGGGACAUCUUCCUGCUCGAGGCCGUCGCCCUGGCGAGAGCGGAAGAGAUGGCCAUGUUCGAGCACCGAGAUCUGCACGAAGGAAACCUCUGCGUCAAGCGGGUAGGUCCGAGGAGAGAGGCGGGCUGGGAGGCGGACGGGGGGACCGCCGGGUUCUUUGGCUACUCGGGCCUUGACAUCACCAUCCUGGACUAUGGCCUGUCGCGGGCCGAAGACGUAUCCGUCGACGACGCGACGCCCGUGGCCCUUGACCUCGAACGAGACCUCGGCCUCUUCACGAGCACGCACGCAUCCCAGUGCAACGUCUACCGUCAGAUGCGUUCCUUCCUUCUACGCGCCGACCGUAGGUGCAUCCCGCCCGAGGGACACAAGACGCCGUACGCGAGGGGCGUCGACGGACCGAUAUCGUGGGAUGCGUACGCGCCCUACACGAACGUCCUAUGGCUCGCAUACCUCUUUGCCUACCUCGUCGACAACUUCCAGGGCGGCAGGAAGCAGCUCGCACGUUUCCGGAGGAAGACGAGCGAGAUGUGGAGCUACCUCGACCCGGAGGCCGACGACGACGUGCCCUGCUUCGGCUCCGCGGCAGACGUCGUGUGCUUCGCCGUCGAGUCUGGCUGGCUUCGGCAGGAGCAGCUGCUCGGGGUCGGCUCGUCGAUGCUCGAUAGGGAGGACAGCAUCAUUGUGUCGAGGGAGGAGGGAGACGGUCGCGUGUCGCUGAGGCGAUCGUCGAGGAAAAGAGAAGAAUAG